AUGCAAAGUUUACGCUUUUUUGAGACUAAUACCAGACGUUUAUGGACUCCAGACACUGGUGGAUCUAACCUACCGGCUUUGAAUGAUUUACUUCGACCAUUUAACAUUGAAUUCGGUGAUUCUGUAUUCUCUGGAAAUUACGUAAUAGGACAUCGAACUGUUGCAUAUCAUUCAGGUAGCAGUUUAAGAAAAUUUCCUAAUCGAGCUAUCGCUAAUCAUACUGGUCGAACUGUACUUUUAAAAGCUAAUCUAGUGGAUAUUGGUAAUCAGUUCAUUCAACAUGAUUCCAUGUUUUUAAAGUCAGAAUCAGUAACAUCAUUGGAAAGUGAUAAAAUCCUUGGUAAUUCUGAACUAAAUUUACGUUUAAAACCAAUAAUUGAUAAAGAUCCAACACCAACUAUACUUGGUCUAUGGACUCCUAUCGUUGAAAAUGUAAUUAGUGAAAUGGGACGUUUGUCAAUUUAUGGAGAUUCGGAUUGUUUAAGUUCUACGCAUUUAAAUUCAAAUUGCUUUUGGCUGUUAGAUGCAUUGCUUCAAUUCUCAACCAGUAGUAUGGGACGAAUCCCACGAAUUUUAAUUGAACAAAUGUUUACACCGAAUACAGAAAUUUGGAUUGAUUCCUCACUGACAGCACCUUUACGCGCAAAAAAUUCUCAAUUAAAUCUAUAUAGUAAUGUGUUAAGAAAAGAAUGGAAUUUAUCUACAUUGAAUACUAGUUAUCUACCAAUUGAAGCUUAUUAUUCUGUUGAAUUAUGUUAUAUCGCUCCAAAAGCUUCUAUAUUGAUAGAUAAUGGUAAACCAAAUGAAUCAUUCUAUCAUCCACAAAACUUAUUGCUCUAUCCAGUAGAAUUAUAUAAUCCAUCAAAACAAUUAUAUACUACUCAUUAUUGUCAUUCAUCCAUUUCAAUGUUACCAUCUAAUAAGAACUUAUUCUUAAUCAUCAAACCGAAAUUAUUAUUACAAUCUAUUCAUGACUUUAUACAACUUGAUAUGUAUAUGUCCUUUAAAAAUCAUAAAUUCAAUUUCGUGUACAUCAUUAUACUACUUAUAGUAGUGUGCUAUUUUUGUAAACGUGGUAUCAUGUUUUGCGGUGACAGUGUAUUAUAUGUAACAGGAUGGAUUUUCUGUAUGAUUCGAUAUGUGCUGGUGCGUAUUUUAUUUCGUUUUUAUAAUUUAUGGCGUACUUAUAUUAGUGAUUGUUCACAAAUGAGAUUCAGCAAGAUAAAUGCUACUAAUAACUCUACUACUACUACUACUACUAGUAGUAGUAGUAGUAGUAGCAGUAGUACUACUGUUGAAAUAUCACGGUUGUCACCAUCUAUUGUUCAGAAAAUCAGCCAACAGAACAGACCUAAUAUACAUAUAUGA